GUCGUCAUCAUCAUCAUCAUCAAGUGGUACGAGCGGCGGUCUUUUCUCUAAUGGACGAGUCGUGACGUCAUCAAUGAGAUCUUCAUCGUCUGUUGUUAACUACAAUGGUAGAACGUCAUCAUCUGGUUCCACUCUGGCGGGAAACAGCCCCUUGGCACGGUACCACAUUAGAGGGCCUUGCUUUAGACGAGUCACCACAAACCAAUGCCUCGCCCCGAUGUCCGACGCUACCACUCUCCACGACGAUUGCUGUGCCACUGUCGGUCAGGCUUGGGGCACUAGCUGUCACAUGUGUCCCCAACAACUCGGACGUGAAAAUCAUUGCAAUAGCGGUUUUAAGAAGGUUCCAGGUUCGGAAACAAGGUGCAUGGAUGUAAAUGAGUGUACGGCUUUCGACAACAUUUGUAUGAAUGGCAACUGCGUUAACACACGUGGUAGUUACCGCUGUCACUGCAGGCCCGGAUAUUCAUUGGAUCCGACCGGAACUAUGUGCACGAUGGAGGCCAAACGGAGAUGUUUCAGACGGAUAUACGACGGUCGAUGCCUGGCGUCGAGCGCCUCUGGUCGGCCGACUACACGAAUGGAGUGCUGCUGCGGAAUCGGCUUGGCAUGGGGCUCAACGGCGUGUGAGCUUUGCCCGGCCAAAGGAUCUGCUGAAUAUCGUGCUAUGUGCCCACAAGGUACGGGAUACCAUUAUGUUCCUGGGAAGAGCCUAUCUAGUAACGCCAUUGACCCUAAUGCAUGUGAAGAAAAUAGUCUAUUGUGUACAUAUGGGGACUGUGUUAACACACAGGAUGGAUACAAGUGUAACUGCAGAAGGGGAUUUAGAUCUAUCAAUGAUGGACAAGCUUGCGAAGAUAUUGACGAGUGUCGAGAAAAUCAGGAUAUAUGCCACGGUGGACGCUGCAUCAACUCGAUGGGUAGCUACUUCUGCAGAUGUACAAACAGCGGAGGCCUGCAACAAAACGGCAACAUAUGUCGAGAUAUCAAUGAGUGCUUACAGAGUCCAUGCGGAGUGAAUGCGUGUCUGAAUACGUAUGGCAGUUACUACUGUAUGCCGUCAUCAUGCAUCAAGGGGUAUCACUAUGACAGCAGGGCACAUCACUGUAGAGAUAUCAAUGAAUGUAAUGAUGAAGAUAGUUGUGUGAAUGGCCAGUGUGUCAACCAACCAGGAUCCUAUCGCUGUGUAUGCCCGACAGGAACACACAUGUCUACAACGGAGGAUAACACAUGCAUUGAUGUUGAUGAAUGUAGCGAGUCACCUGAAGUUUGUGGUGGAAAUGGAAUUACUUGCGCCAAUACCUUUGGUAGCUACACCUGUGAGUGCCCCAAUGGUGCCAUGUAUGUUGAAGACAUGCCCGGCUGCAUCUACAUGGACACCUUUACUGUUGAAACAACGCCAGCUUCUCCCGCGACGCCCGAUGAAGAAGAGCAAGGUCCAGAGAGGAAGGACUGCUACGCUUCUGUUGACGACCCCAAUUUCUGCAGCAAUACUUUAUCCUCUAAUGCUACCAGGCAGGAAUGCUGCUGCAGCGUGGGUGCUGGCUGGGGAGAUGACUGCCAGCUCUGGAUUUGCCCGCCGGAAGACUCAUUUGAAUACAACCAGGUUUGUCCAAUGGGGCGAGGGCAUGCAGAGAUUGAGGGCAUAGAGGGAUUGCAUCCUGUUUUAGCAGCACAGAGAGACACAGGUAUCAAUGAGUGCAAAGUAUUUCCACAGAUCUGUGGUGAGUUAUCCUGCUCUGAUCUAAAUAUGAUGUACACAUGUGAAUGUCCAGAAGGCCAACAAUACAACAUGGACAACAAGGAAUGUGAAGGCAUUAAUGAGUGUGAGACAAGCCCAGGUGUCUGUGGUAGAUACCCCUGCGUUGAUCUAGAGGUCUCUCAUACCUGCCAAUGUCCUGAUGGUCUCCGGUACAACCUCGACGACAGAAAAUGUGAAGGCAUCAAUGAAUGUGAAGAGGACCCUGAUAUCUGCCAAGGAAAACAAUGUGUUGAUCUUGAGGUGAUGUAUACCUGUGAGUGCCCCGAGGGUACCCGCUACAAUAGAGAGAACAGUCGCUGCGAGGGUAUCAAUGAGUGCGACGUCAACCCAGGAAUCUGUGGGAGUUUGCCAUGUGAGGAUCUGGAGACUCUGUAUACCUGCCGUUGCCCUAAUGGGUACCAGUACGAUAGAGAAAGCAGACGCUGUGAAGAACUCAAUACCUGUACCCGCUAUCCGACCAUCUGUGGUGAGGGGACUUGCGUGAUUGAUCGCUUUGGAGGAUUCCAAUGUACCUGCCCACAGGGACAGGAGUUCAGGCGCAACAGUCGCACCUGUCAUGAUAAGAACUGGUGUCGAAACAGUCAUUGCGGUAAUGGAACCUGUGUGGAGACCUUAGACAGCUUCCAGUGUGUGUGUCCAGAAGGAUUUGAAUAUAGAGCAGAAUACUACACCUGUCUAGCUCUUGACGAGUGUAGAAGAUAUCCAGAUAUUUGCGGCAAUGGGACCUGCGUGGCCAGAGAUCGCUCCUACCGAUGUCAGUGUCAGGAAGGAUAUGAAUUCAAGAAUCAGUACCGUGCUUGCGUAGUUUCCAAUGAGUGUGUAGCAUAUCCCGAUAUAUGCGGAAAUGCAACCUGUGUGAACGGAGACCGCUCUUAUGAAUGCCAAUGCCCAACUGGUUAUAACUUCGAUACUGAACAUGGUUAUUGUAUUUUAACGAAUGACUGCUUAGCGUACAAUGACAUCUGCGGUAAUGGAUCCUGUGUCAUGACAUCGGAUGGCUAUCAUUGUGUUUGCUACCAGAAUGGUUAUGAAUAUGAUUACACCUCUGGAGGAUGCAUAAUGACUGACAAGUGUCUAGCGUACCCAGAUAUAUGUAGCAAUGGGACGUGCUUCAGUGACGCUGCUGGAUAUGAGUGUAUGUGCCCUGACGGCUAUGAAUGGGACGGAACUCUAGGAUUCUGUGCGGUACUUGACUUAUGCAGAAUCCAUGGCAGUACAUGCAAUAACGGAACAUGCGUGAUAGUCGGCGACACCAUUAACUGUCUCUGUCCCAAUGGAUACCAGUUUGAUCUUACUCUGAGAGUCUGUGUAGAAAUCACCACCUGUACCCGCUAUCCGACCAUCUGUGGUGAGGGGACGUGUGUGAUGGAUCGCUUUGGAGGAUUCCAAUGUACCUGCCCACAGGGACAGGAAUUCAUUCGGUCAACACGCACCUGUCAGGGGCAAGAUUUGUGUCGGAACAGUCAUUGUGGUAAUGGUACAUGCGAAGAGACUGCCGAUAGCUUCCAGUGUGUGUGUCCAGAAGGUUUUGAAUAUAGACCAGAGUACUACACCUGUCUCGACAUAAAUGACUGCAGGUCUGAUCCAGAUAUUUGCGGCUCAGGUCGUUGUGUCAAUCAUGUACCGGGAUACACCUGUGAAUGUUACACAGGGUUUACUCUGGAUGAGCGCCAGACUACAUGUAUAGAUGUUAAUGAGUGUGAACAGCACCCCUGCUCUGGUGGUCGAUGCUUCAACACUGAAGGGAGUUAUACCUGCGAAUGCCAGGAUGGUUACGAGUAUAGCCACUCAUACAGGCGCUGUCUCGAUAUUGACGAGUGUGAAUCCAACCCAUGUGGAGGGGUUGGUUGUGUGAACACCAAAGGUAGCUUCUCAUGCAGCUGUCCACGAGGUUUCAUAUUUGAUGACGAGGCACAAAUCUGCGUUGACUUGGACGAAUGUGUACACUACGCGGGGGUGUGCGGUAACGCUACCUGCCUUAACUAUGUUGGCAAGUUUGAUUGUAAAUGUGCGGCGGGAUUUAGACUUGACAGGAUUUUGCGUGCCUGUCUCGAUAUCAAAGAAUGUGAUGAUAGACCGUGUGGGAAUGCAAGAUGUUUAGAGCUUGAGGGCUCCCACCUGUGUGAAUGUCCAGCUGGAUACGCCUUUAAUCAAGAGUCUCUUUUAUGCGAAGCUGAGAAUGGAAAUAGUUGCACCAGUGUGCCAGGUAUUUGUGGUAACGGUACCUGUGUACCUAACGGUGAGGAUCAUGACUGCGAAUGCCCGGACGGAGAAAGAUUUAGCUGGCAGAGUAAUCACUGUCAAGAUAUCAAUGAAUGUGCAGAGUUCCCUAGAAUCUGUGGCCAGGCUAACUGCAUCAAUAAGUAUGGAGACUACAGCUGUUCUUGUAUUGAAGGCUAUGAACACGAUGCAUCAUCUAGAUCAUGUAUUGAUAUAGAUGAAUGUUCAGUGAACGAGGACAUAUGUAAUAAUGGGUUAUGCGUGAAUGAGGAUGGCGGGUUCCUGUGCAUCUGCCCUGCACGCUCAGCCUUUGACUACAACACCAUGUUCUGUGUGCCAACAGGUGACCCCAACUCAUUACCAGAGCCCCCUAGACGCGCUUUCACCGGCGGUAACACGGAGAGUAUCAAUGAAUGUAACCAAACACCCAGCCCAUGCACCGAUGGAAUAUGCAUUGAUACCGAUGCAGGAUUCAGAUGCCAAUGCACCGACGGGUAUCGACUGAUUGAGGACGAGAACCGAUGUGUUGAUAUAAAUGAAUGUGCAUCUCAGGAAGAGGUUUGUCUGUAUGGUAAUUGCAUUAAUGAGAAGGGCUCCUUCCGUUGUGAAUGCAGAGAGCCGCUGACCCUGGAUAGCACCGGCCGGAGAUGUAUAUCUGUUAUCGGUGUGGUCGGUACAGAAAGAGACAAUAGAAAGAGUCUUUGCUGGCACAAAACAGAUAAUCCCGGGUACGAGUCAGUGUGUGGAAUGAUCGUUAAUACAGCUCUGACUUACAAGGAAUGUUGCUGCUCUGAAGGAGUGGGUUGGGGAACAAGUUGCGACCCUUGCCCUCCCAACGGUGGAUAUGAACAAGGAGUUCUCUGUGAGACUGGUCAGGAUCCAUCGGGUCAAACUGGCUCAGGACCGGCCGCUGUCCGUGAGUACCCAGACGGCUUCUAUCAUCCAACUGGUGAGGAUGGAAUAUACGCACACGGUUCUGAAGGGACGACCAGCGUAGUGGAGGUGUUUAAUCCAAAUGUUGGUCCAGACCAAGGUGGUCCUCGUCCAUUUAGAGAACCGUAUCCGACUGGUCAGUCCACUGGAGGUUCUCCACCCUACACUGGUAGGCAACCUCCCUACACAGGCGGGCAACAACCGAACCCUGCUGGUCAGCCACCGUACUAUGGUGGUCAGUCACCAAACCCUGCCGGUCAACCUCCCUACUACGGUGGUCAGUCACCAAACCCCGGUGGCCAACGACCCUACUAUGGGGGACAGACACAGAAUGCUGGCGGUCAACCUCUUAACACUGGCGGUCAACAACCUUAUUAUGGUGGCCAGUCACCAAAUCCUGUCCGUCCAAAUCCCUACUACGGUGGGCAGACGCCAAACCCUGGCGGUCAACCCCCGUACACUGGCAGACAACCUCCCUACACAGGUGGUCAGUCACAAACUCCAAGCGGGCAGCCUCCGUACUACGGAGGGCAGCAGCAACCAUACCCUAGUGGUGGGCAGAACUACCAAGGAGGAGGGCAGCAACCAACAUACCCUGGCCGACAACAGCCCAACUAUAACCCCAACCCUAACACCAGGCCACAAGGUGUUAAUCCUAGACCUCAAACUGGAGGUGGAGGACAGCCAAGCAGGGGCACAUCUGGGCAAGGCGCAGGUGCCUGUGAUAGUUUACCACAAAACAUCUGCGGUCAAGGGAAGUGCCUCAAUGUGGAGGGGACCUACACAUGCCAGUGCUACGCUGGCUUCUCAUUUGAUAACGACCAAAAACGCUGCGUACGAGCAAGAUACAACAGAGGCUGAUCAGCAACUCUUUCUUAAAAUCUUAAUAUCUUUUUCUGUGUAUGUUUUGAUGUGGUUUUUAUCGGUUGUGCCUUCCAUUGUACAAAAUCCAUUUUCAAGAAGCAGCUUAUGCACAUUGGAAGGGUUGGGGCGUGGUUAUCACCCCCCCCCCCCCCCCC